AUGAAAGUCGUGGUUGGCGGGGUAGACAGCGGGGGAAAGUCUCGUCUUCUAUCCGUGUUGAUUAAAGUAGCAGAGGAUCGCGUCAACGGCACCACCUCUGUUCCGCUCGAAAAUACAAUAUAUGAGAUUGAAACAAACUCAAAGGAUCCCAGAUAUGCCAAGAGAUUUGAAUUUUGGGAGGAUUCAAAAAAUGCGCAGGACCGUGGUGCUCUUAACUUUGGGCACCUGAGAAUAAUGAAGAGCCUUGUUGAUAUUGCUCUGAUCUGUUUCCCUCUUGACGCAAUGGCACAAGACUCGGAUUUAGGACACUCACUGGAGGAGCGGAUAAGUGCUAGGAUAGAUGAUAUGAUAGCAGGCAUGGAGAUCGCUGAUCGGUGCUGCAAACCACGAAAGAACCCCGCGGUAUUUCUGGUUGGAUCUCGAAGUGAUUUGCUGGGUGGCGAUGCUGUGGAUCCAUCACGAAGGAAGAAUGCCUUGUGCCAUCGGAUUAUCAAGCAGCUUGUGGCUAAAAGCGGCGUCCAUGGGUACUUUGAAUGUUCGGCAGCCACAGGUACUGGUGUGGGAGAGUUGUUGGACGCAAUGGUGGAUGCCACGCUUCAUCCACCCAAGAAAAGACUCGAACUGCCCAAACAUCUGUCUAUUGCUGCGAAGCGCACACGACAGCGCACAAGACAUUGUAUUAUUUUGUGA